UCCCCAGUCGAGCUGGCCGCAGUCUGCCAGUGUCGGUCCCAGCGCCCAGCAGCCAUGGCCGGGUUACCGUGCCGGGUGCAGUAUCUGGAUGAUAUGGAUCCCUUUAUCUGCACCAACUUCCCCGAGCCCCGGAGGCCGCCCGUCUACUCCUUCCCGGAGAGCUCCCCGCUCAGCGAGCAGAUCCCCGCCGUGUACAAACUGCUGGAGGCCCCCCUCAAGCUCGAAGACUGCACCCUCCAGUUAUCCACGAAUGGGAAUUAUCUGGAUAUCGAGCUGUCCCUGGCUGAGCAGAGAGAUUACCUGGAGGCUUUCUUUGAUGACAUAAGCAAAGGCAGACGACCGACUCUGAUCCUGCGGACCCAGCUGUCAGUGAGAGUGCACACAAUUCUAGAAAAGCUUUACAAUUCCAAUGGUCCAGAGCUGCGGAGAUCCCUCUUCUCUCUGAAGCAGCUGUUUCAGGAAGACAAAGAUCUGGUACCUGAGUUCGUCAACUCCGAGGGAUUAACAUGUUUGAUCAAAGUGGGGGCUGAGGCUGACCAGAACUACCAAAACUACAUCUUGAGAGCUCUGAGUCAGAUCAUGUUGUUUGUGGAUGGAAUGAAUGGGGUCAUCAAUCACAACGAUACCAUACAGUGGCUGUACACGCUGUGCGGCAGCCCGUACCGGCUUGUGGUGAAAACGGCACUAAAGCUUCUGAUAGUUUUUGUGGAGUAUGCUGACAGUAAUGCGCCCCUGCUCAUUAAAGCAGUGAACACUGUAGAUCAUAACCGUGGUACCAAAAGCUGGUCAAACCUCAUAGACAUUCUCGAGGAGAAGAACGGAGCAGAUUCAGAGUUGCUGGUCUUUUCCAUGACUCUCAUUAACAAGACACUGGCUGCUCUGCCUGACCAGGAUUCAUUCUACGACGUUACUGACUGUCUCGAACAGCAGGGAAUGGAAAAGAUCAUUCAACGCAUUCUGAAUAACAAGGCGACAGACCCGGACCUGAAGCAGCGACUCGGCAUGUAUGAGAACGCUUUAAAACUCGAGGAUGAAGACAGUGAGGAAUCGUCAGGCGGCUCUCGAAAGGAUCGCAGGAAGAACUCUCUAGGAGUCGAGGAGGUUCGGAGAUCAAGGCGUUCACUUGGAAGCAGUGCAGAGGCUUGGGCAAAAAUAAACUCCACAUCUGCACCAGGAAAGCCAUUAAGUGAAAACUCUUCCCCUGUUUCCCCUGCUAGCAAACCGCCCAUAGUUCCUGGAGUAUGCAUUGUACCCCCCUCCCCACCAAAACAACCACCAGCAGAAGACACAUCCCUGACACCAGCUUCUGGGCAAACAGACCCCGUCGAUGAAAAUACAGACGAGCCCACACAAGAUAUGAGCACAGAGGCACAGCCGCCGGGAUCAGAAAAUGGGAGCAAUUAUCACAGCUCUUCCAAUUUCUCGCUGUCCAAGUCUGAUCCGGAUCCGCUGGCUGCCCUUGGGGACAGGAGUAUAUUUAAACUUCACCAAACAGACCCUGUUUGGGAGGAGAAGAAUGUGUUUGGGGAUAAGCCCAUUUUGAAACGUUUCCAAAACCGAUUUUUGGAGAAUUUGGCUGCCACCGAGCUGGAGAAGAUGUCUGCGUUAUCCAAAGGCAGGCAGGAGAUCUUAGCAGAAGCCGUUCGUGGUGGGGAGAAAGAAUCUGAAGAAGAAACAUCCAACGUCCAGGAGGAGGCGUCCAUUGAGGACAGUUCCAGAGAGGGGCAGGGAGAUCUCAGUGAGAAGGAGGAGAAGAAUGAAAGUGUAAAUGAAAAGGACGCGUGUUCAGGCUCCAGCGAUUCGUCGGCCAGCAGCACGUUGGAGCGAGAGGAGCGGGGAGACAGAGAGGAACAUGAACCAGUGAGCCCUGCAUGCGUUCCCCCUCCCACCAUGGAUAGGACCACUUCUAAAACAUUUAUGAAGGAAAUGCUGCACCCCAAGACACAAAAUGGGUUAGAGCCACAAACUGAGGUACUUGGUGCCAAAAGCUGUCCAUCCAAUGAACCACUGAGGUCCCCAAGAGAAAGGAGGAGGAUUCCUUUAAUCAAAGCAGAAAAUGAUGAAAAUGAGAUUUCUCCCAAAAAGAACACAACUGACGUGGUGUUAGAAAACCGCACAUCCGCCCUGAGAGCGCAGUACAGCAUUGAUGCCGAAACCAACGCUAAAAACCUGGAGAAGACCCUCAUGAUACCUUUCAAGAAAUCAUCCGAAGUUCUGUGGGAACAGUCUGCACCCCCACAGCAAAUGGAGCUAAAGAUCAAAGACUUGGAUUUUUCUGACCUGUGCGAGGAAGAGGAUUUUGACGUUCUAGACUUUGACAACACAGAAAAUGUGUCAGCUGGACGAGCUUCAGCUGCAAACUUUGUUCCUCCACCACCUCCUCUUUCUGGCAUGUCUUUUCCACCUCCUCCUCCACCCAUGCUUGGAUGCCCUGGACUGUCUUGUCUUCCACCACCUCCUCCAAGUGCUAGAGCUUCUCACCUUCCACCCCCACCACCUGCCCCUCCUAGCUUCACAGGCAUGUCACAUGAGUCCAGCACGGGUACUUUCAAUAAAAAGAGGAAGACUGUCAAACUCUUCUGGAAAGAAAUGAAAGAUACCAGUGGCACCAGUCGGGGAAAAUUUGGUAAAGGAACUGUGUGGGAAUCUUUGGAUAAGGUUUUGGUGGAUACUGAGAAACUAGAACAUCUAUUUGAGUCCAAAGCCAAGGAAUUGGUUACAAGCAAGAAAGGAGCCGACUUAAAGAAACAGACCCUGGUAGUACUUGACCCCAAGAGGAGUAAUGCAAUCAACAUUGGACUGACUGUGCUACCCCCGGUGCACAUCAUUAAGACGGCCAUAUUGAACUUUGACGAAUAUGCCAUAAAUAAGGAAGGAAUUGAGAAAAUCCUCACAAUGAUUCCGACCGAAGAGGAGAAGCAGAAGAUUCAGGACGCCCAGCUUGCGACGCCCGAUGUCCCGUUGGGAUCGGCUGAGCAGUUCCUACUGACACUUUCUUCCAUUAGUGGUCUCGCAGCCCGGCUCCAGCUCUGGGCCUUUAAACUGGACUAUGAGCCCAUGGAGAAGGAGAUCGCUGACCCGCUCUAUGACCUGAAACUAGGAAUGGAACAACUCUCCAAAAAUAAGACCUUCAAAUUGAUCCUUUCGUCCCUCCUGGCAGUGGGCAACUUCCUAAAUGGAUCAAAUGCCAAAGGCUUUGAUCUGAGCUACCUGGAGAAAGUGUCUGAGGUUAAGGACACCGUGCACAGACAAACCCUGCUUCACCACAUGUGUAACCUUGUCACCGAAAAAUUCCCCGACACAUCUGACCUCUACUCGGAGAUACCCGCCAUCACCAGGUCAUCUAAAGUAGACUUUGAUGAGCUGGCAGACACCCUGAUUGAGCUGGAGAGGAGGUGCAGGGAGUCCUGGGACAGCCUGAAAGUGAUCUCAAAACAUGAAACCAAAUCUGGUCUGAGGAACAAGAUGAACGAUUUCCUGAAGAGCUGCACCGAGAAGAUUGUCAUCCUGAAAAUCGUGCACCGACGGAUGCUGAACAGGUUCCGAUCCUUCCUCCUGUAUCUGGGGUACACGUACUCUGCAGCCAGAGACACAAAGAUCACCUAUUUCUGUAAGAUUAUCAGCGAAUUUGCCUUGGAGUACAGAACGACGCGGGAUCGUGUGCUUCAACAGAAGCAGAAACGGGCAGCAUACCGUGAGAGGAACAAGACCCGGGGCAGGAUGAUAACCGAGACUGCAAAGUUCUCCAGCGCUGCGGGGACUACAGAAAAUAGCCCAGCCAUCACCAGUACCAGGCUGCACAGCCAGUCAUCUGAAGAUGGCCACGAAAACAUGACGAAUAUCUUAAUCUCUAGCGGAGAUCAGCAGACGAGGAGGAGCAGAGGAGUGAGAAGUUUAGGUCGAUCCAGCCCUCCGGACCUGUCUGGCAAUAAAGAAGAGCCAGGAGGCACAUCAGAUGCUUCUGAUGAGAUCAUGGAUCGACUGGUCCAGUCUGUGACACAAAACCCCAAUCAGAGGGUUGUGAACCCCAAGGAACGCAAGCGAUCCCGAGCAAACAGGAAGUCCUUGAGACGGACCUUGAAGAGCGGGUUGAGUGAGGACCUGGUGCAGGCGCUGGGAUUGGCUAAAUCCUCCGAAAUGUCCGUCUGACUUCCUCAGCGAGAGACUGCUCAGCAGUAAAUUCGCUGCCCCCUGUGGUGGGACCCGGAGUGUCAGCAGAACGACCAUUGCACCUCUCUUGCAGAAACCAAUGGGUGAGGUGGAUACCGCUUUGUACAGCUACAGAGAAGAAGUAAGCAACUGUGGAUUCAGCAAUAAUUAACCACUUCUAUCCACACUGGACUGCACUACACUAAAGUGGAUGGUUCCCUUCUCGGGCUGCGUGGUCUGUUGUAUCCACAGUACGUGGCUCUUAUAAAAGAGUCUCUCUCAAAGGCACUAUGUCCGCUUCCAGUCACUUCCUGGUGGGGUUCUUUACAGUAGGGAAAGCAGGACCA